AAGUUUCAGACACAGAAAAGGCCGUGGUCAACUUUCGUCAAGAUGCUAAUCAUAAUCGCGGCGUUGAUAGCGCAACAUAUAUCUCCAACUCAAGGAGAGUGCUAUAACGAAAAAAUUGAAGACAGUGUGACAGAGUUUCAUAAUGAGUUGAGAAGGGAUUUUGCUACCAAAAAUAUGAACUCGAAAUACGGAGACAUACCAGGCUCAAAAAGUUUGUUCAAAUUGAAAUAUGGCUGCGGUUUGGCUGCUCUUGCCGGAGCUCUUAUACCCAAAGAUUGCAGUAAACAAGCUCGUGACCUCUCUCCAUUGGGAGUGAGCAGUAAUUUCAGAAAGUUCCGUACCGUCACAGAAAUUCAAGGAGAUGAUAUUAUCGAAUAUUAUAAUGUGGCCGUUGAAGAAUGGGCAACGAAGAAUAUCGUUCUGCUUGAAUCUGAUGUGAUCUACAAGGAUAAAAGCAUGGAAGCUUUUGCUAAUGUGAGAUACCCAAUGUUACGUCGUUAA